AAUUCAACAGUUUACUAUACUUAAUAUACACGAUCAAAGAUGGCCCGAAUCAAAGACAAAAUUUAGGUUGAAGGAAUUGUCAUUUCAUGACAAAUAGAACUGUAGUUUUCGUUUUCUAGAUAAUAUCAAAACGUUCAAUCAUGUCGUAUUUAAAUCAACCCGAUUAUGUGUGUUAUGUAUGCAAUUGUGGCUCUUUAAAGCCGAUCUCGAAGAUUUAUUUCUGUAGGCACUGCUCGAAGAUUCGUUGCGGAUAUUGUGUUUGUCAAGAGGUUGAUUCACAUUAUUGCCCCAAUUGUAUGGAAAAUUUACCAUCGUCAGAAGUUCGCCUUAAAAAGAACAAAUGUUCGAAUUGUUUCAAAUGUCCAUGUUGCUUUCAAACGUUAUCAACAAGAGCUGGUCAUGUACCUUUAAGAGUAGUACCUGCUGAUGGCGAAGAUUCUAAAGAUGUUAAAACAACACCAAAGAAAGUUUAUUAUUUAUCUUGUUCGUUAUGUCGAUGGACUUCAAGGGAUGCUGGUAUUCCUGAUCAGUCUAUGGCUACUGGAGGCUGGCCUGAACAGGAAAAUCCUCACACAAGCAGGAUCAAUACCUUGAUUGAUUAUCAUAAAAUAUUAGCUUCUAUAGAAAAACAGCAAUCUGAGAGGAAAAAAUUUCGACCAAAACAUCCUUACAUGCAGAUUGCCAUGUUUAGGAUAACAUCUGCUAUGGUUCGUAAACAUAUAGGACACCCUGCAAAACCUACUAAUGAAUCAACUGACCAACCGUCUCCAGCUGUUGCUAGUACAGAGGUAGAAGAAUUGCCGACGGAUAUUUUUACAAAGCCAGUAGAAAUAACUAAGAUUACUACGUUGGAACAGCGAUUACAACAACCGGAUGUACAAACAGAAAAUGUAAAUGAAUUGCGUCCCCAACAUAGACAGUUGUUAGUUAGGAGAUCGCAACGAUGUCGAGUUUGCGAACAUAAUCUUUGUAAACCAGAUUUUUGUUCACAGUCUGCAAAGUUUAAGAUCCAGCUUGCUGCAUUUUAUCACGUACCGGAAGUGAGGAUUGUUACGUGCGAACCACUUCGUCCAGGUAAAUCAAGCGAAUUGCUUUUAAAGUUUUGCAAUCCAACUCAACAUCAAACUCAGGUGGUAUUGUUACCAUUGGAUACACCAAUGACGCCUAUUUUAACACUCGUAGAUGAAAAGGAAGAAGUUAAACAGGAUAAUGCACAACAGGGAUCUGAAUCUCCAAAUUUAUUACCUUCUAUCGUACGACAAGUGCCUGUGGUAGAGGAAACAAAACCUAUCAAAAUCACUGCAAAUGCAGAUGUAGUUCUUCCUCAAAAUUGUCUUAUUCUACCGCGUAGAGACGAUGCUGCUGAGUAUGACGAUACCGGCGAUACACAUAAUUUUCAAGAUGAUCCUAAGUUCGUGAUUUGGCGAAAAGGUAACAAAGCCGUAAUAAAAUUGCAUGUAACUCCACAUGAAAAUAUAGAAGAGAACAACAAUCAACCAGUUGUAAUCGGUUUUGUUAUGCAGUAUAGAUAUGUGAAUACAAUUACUACACUGGAACAUAAAGCACCUCAAAAACUAGAUCUCAAAGUUAAACUUUAUCUUACUAUAGGCAAUAUUGUUGGAAGUGCUUAAUGUUUAUUAUUAUGUCAUAUAAAUAAUAAUAUUAACUUCUAUAAUUGACUCAAACUGCACAUA